AUGCUUCUGGCGCGAAUGAACCCGCAGGUGCAGCCGGAGCUUGGCGGCGGCGGGGCGGACCCGCUGCCUGAGCAGCCCCUACGGCCCUGCAAAACCGCGGAUCUGCUGGUGGUGAAGGAGCGCAACGGGGUCCAGUGCCUCUUGGCGUCCCAGGAUGGCGAUGCGCAGCCUCGGGAGACUUGGGGCAAGAAGAUCGAUUUCCUACUGUCCGUGGUCGGCUUCGCAGUGGACCUGGCCAACGUGUGGCGCUUCCCCUAUCUCUGCUACAAGAAUGGUGGUGGUGCCUUCCUGAUCCCAUACACGCUGUUCCUCAUCAUUGCUGGGAUGCCACUGUUUUACAUGGAGCUGGCUCUGGGGCAGUACAACCGGGAAGGGGCAGCCACGGUGUGGAAGAUCUGCCCUUUCUUCAAAGGAGUGGGCUACGCGGUGAUCCUCAUUGCCCUCUAUGUUGGCUUUUACUACAAUGUCAUCAUUGCCUGGUCACUCUACUACCUCUUUGCAUCCUUCACCUUGAACCUGCCCUGGACCAACUGUGGCCAUGCCUGGAACAGCCCCAACUGCACUGACCCCAAACUCCUCAACGCCUCGGUGCUGGGAGACCAUACCAAAUACUCCAAAUACAAGUUCACACCGGCUGCCGAGUUUUAUGAGCGCGGUGUUCUUCAUCUGCAUGAGAGCAGUGGGAUCCAUGACAUCGGCCUGCCUCAGUGGCAGCUGCUGCUCUGUCUGAUGGUCGUCAUCAUCGUCCUGUACUUCAGCCUCUGGAAGGGCGUGAAGACGUCGGGAAAGGUCGUGUGGAUCACAGCCACCCUGCCUUACUUUGUGCUGUUUGUGCUCCUGGUCCAUGGUGUCACGCUGCCUGGUGCCUCCAAUGGCAUCAACGCCUACCUGCACAUUGACUUCUACCGCCUCAAAGAGGCCACGGUAUGGAUUGAUGCUGCAACUCAGAUAUUUUUUUCCCUGGGGGCUGGAUUUGGAGUCUUGAUUGCAUUUGCCAGUUACAAUAAAUUUGACAACAACUGUUACAGGGAUGCCCUGCUGACCAGUACCAUCAACUGUGUUACCAGCUUUAUUUCUGGGUUUGCCAUCUUCUCCAUCCUUGGUUACAUGGCCCAUGAGCAUAAGGUCAAGAUUGAGGAUGUUGCCACUGAAGGAGCUGGCCUUGUGUUUAUCCUGUAUCCAGAAGCCAUCUCCACUCUGUCGGGAUCCACGUUCUGGGCUGUCCUGUUCUUCUUGAUGCUCCUGGCUCUGGGUCUGGACAGCUCAAUGGGAGGCAUGGAAGCAGUCAUCACUGGACUGGCUGACGACUUCCAGGUCCUGAAGCGGCACCGGAAACUCUUCACAUUUGGUGUCACCAUAAGUACCUUCCUUCUGGCCAUGUUUUGCAUAACCAAGGGAGGAAUUUACGUACUGACUCUGCUAGACACCUUUGCAGCAGGCACCUCCAUUCUGUUUGCGGUGCUUAUGGAAGCGAUCGGAGUUUCCUGGUUUUAUGGUGUGGACAGGUUCAGCAAUGACAUCCAGCAGAUGAUGGGCUUCAAGCCAGGCCUGUACUGGAGACUGUGUUGGAAGUUCGUCAGCCCUGCCUUCCUCCUGUUUGUCGUGGUGGUCAGUAUCAUCAACUUCAAGCCGCUCACCUAUGAUGACUACGUCUAUCCUCCCUGGGCCAACUGGGUCGGGUGGGGCAUUGCCCUCUCAUCCAUGACCCUGGUACCUGCCUAUGUCAUCUACAAGUUCUUCAGCAUACGGGGUUCCCUUUGGGAGAGAGUAGCCUACGGCAUCACGCCGGAGAAUGAGCACCACCUGGUGGCCCAGAGAGACGUGAGACAGUUCCAGUUGCGGCACUGGUUGGCUAUCUGAACCUGGCCCCGAGGAGGAGGAACCCACGGGUCAACAUCCGGGCCAAGGGCAUCCUCUUCACCCCCAAGUGGACACUGCCCUGGGAUUCCUAUCCUGGAAGAACCUUUCCCAUCCCUCUCGUUUUCCCAGUUACUAAUGAUUCCAUGACUCUGGUUUUGUUCACCUUCUGUUCAUUGGGCCUGGAGGCAGCGAGUGUGGAGAACCAGUCAGCCUCGAGGAAGAAGAUGGAAGGAGGGAAUGGGACAUGGCUUCUGGAACUCUGGCGUGAGGACAAUCUCAGUGCACACCUGAGCUGAGGUUCAUGGCUCGGGUAGAACCCUUUCCCGAAUGUGCUUGUACUUCAAAUCACAGAAGAAACCUUUGAUUCAUCGAGGCCGAGAGAAGAUUGACAUUUGGUUAGAGAUCAAAAGCCCAGCCAAAGCCUGAUGGGGUCUGUGUGGGAGCCAAUGUUACCCCUCUAUUUCCACCCAGUCACCACUCUGGUGUCUGAGCCUCUGUGUGGGAGCUGGGGUUUAUUUGCAGCUAAAGUGUCGAUGUUUUAGGGGUUUUGAGAAGAAACCCCCUGACUUAGUUUUCUAGUUAAUCUGAGAUUGGGUUUGGGAUGUUCUAGAACAUUACUCUAGCUUCUGGUGUUUGGAUAGUCCCAAACCAUGAUGUUAGGGGGAGAACGUAGCUAGACCACCAGUGAGGAAGUGCCACAAAGUCAGAUAUUCCAGAAAGAUGGUAGAGACAGCUGGAUGAAUCACCCCUGCCAAGGCCACAUCUUUGUCAUGUUCUGUUCGAUAUAUGGAUGGUUCCUGACACCUUCCUAGGGAUUGAGGCAGGGCCCCUGUGAAGUCAGAAAUGUGAGCCCAUAACAGAGAUCUCUGUCCCAUGGGGCCAGGUGGGCACCUGAGAGAGGGUAGCCUGGUAGGCUGCCAUGGUUCUUUAUGGUCCACAGACACUUCCUAAGCCUCCCUGACCCAGGAACCCAGCAGAUAGGGAGGGGUCCUGAGUAGUGGGAUAUCUUGGCUCUGAAAAUGGCCUGCUUCAUACUGACUAGAUUUGGCACCUUGGAGGGCAUGAUGGGCCCUACCACAUCACAGCACAGCCCCUCAUGCCCAGGGAGGUUUUUCUGACUGGAGGGAACAAGUUGGUGGGGUCAGGAAAUUUCUAGGUUUACCUAGUGCCCUCUGGUGGUUAGUUUUGGUUCAUGAUGGGAAAGGAUGACUUGAAAAAUCGAUGGCGUCUUCCAGGGAUUCAUGUUUAUGGUUUGAGUCUCUUAUGCCCUUAUUUGAAAUCUAGAAUCAUAGGUUGUCACUGUGAUAGUGAACUUCCACUCUACAGGCUUUUUUUGGUGAUGAAAAGGAAAAAAAAAAAGCCCCUGAGUUCAUUGGGGUCGUGUAGGAGGCGCACAGAGAAACUGGGAUGUCCCCAAGAGGAUGCAAGAAGGGGCCAGGCGAUGCCAACUGGGGAUGGGGAGGUGUUUUACUCUGAAGACCCCCAGAUUUCCCUGCUGAAUCAGGGUCCUUGAGUCAUUCCUUAGAGGUAAUCCAGGGACUUUUGAUUCUUCCAUGUAAGAAGGCUGGCUCAGCUCAAGGCAUCCCCCAGUGGCCAAUGUCUUGGGGUGCUGGGGAUGGUGAGGCUCUCUCACACCAGUGAAUUAUAGGUGCAAGUCAGAGCCCUGUUGGCAGACAACACCUCUGAUGAAUAGCAAUUCCUUUUUCUUGUUACCUUUAAAGAUACUUUAUCAUUAUUUAAACAAAACCCUUUUACCCAUACUGCCUGCCCACUGCCCCACAGGAAAGGAAAACUGCUUCCUAUCUCCCAUCUUCCCAUCUCCCUGUGAGAAGACAGUCUUGCUCAAGAUCUCAGCCUCUGAGGGAUCAGGGUGGACCUUCCAUUCCCAUCCUGUCUUCACAUUUCAGAGCCCCAGGCAACUCUCUGCUCACCCCACCCAGGGCUGUCACCAAACGCAGAGUACACGAAGUCCCACUUAAGAGGAAAGCAGUAUUUCUUACAGAAGGACAGCGUGUUGGGAGAAGAGCAGAGGAAUGUUACUCAUCUCAUCCCACUGGCUCCCUGAGAGGUCCUUUUCUUCAGUGACAUUCGUCACCCUUUGAACAGUGGGUCCUGAGAAGCAAAUGCCCCAGCUGUCACAAGCACACACACUCAGAAAGCCGGGGUGCCUAGGUCAGCACUGGCCCACCAUUUUCUCAUUGCCAUCUGUGUGGUCCCUCUGCCUGCAGAUGUUGUCCCUGGGGUGAAGCUGAGACGUGGUGCUAGCUGAAAGACCCCCAAACUAAAGCAAAGGUGCUGUUUUGUGGCAGAGUUGGCUCUUGAGACCGGGACAAGGGGUUCUUGGCUCCAAGUCCAGGUGCUCUGAUGGGGGAGGAAGGGUGUGGCACCCAGAAAGCCCCUCGAAGGUGCUAGGAGGUCAGUGCAUCCACCUUCCUACCCACUCUUACCAGAUGGGGGCUAAUGCUUUAUCACACGUAAUGCUUGAUUUCUUUGUGGCUUUUUUUUAAAUAGUGGGGUUCACCCAGGACCAGUGUGCUCCUGAGUACUGUAUAUGACACUUGACACUUUCGAUAUUUUAUUGUAUUUUUAGAGAAUUAUUUUCUAUGAGCUGCGAGAUGUUUGUUUAAGAACAUUGGUGGUAUCUAGCUUUUGUCAGUCUUCAUUCUAGAUUCAGGUGAGACAGAGGGGAUGCGGGGUACCAACUCACCCCAGAUAUCCUGCUCAACAAAGGUCCCUAAACUGCCUUAAUUCUCAGAGGGUAUUCCUGCCCAGGUGGGAGCCAGUCUAGAUUUUCAAGAUCUGGUAAUGUAAGACUGACAUGUUCUUACCAAAGAAAUCAUUUCCAACCCAUUAAGCUCAGUUCAUAUGUUUGUUUAUUUCUUUGGAAAACUACAGCAAUCAGAUCUAAAGUGAUCAGAGUGGGUGUUUGGUGUGGUGGAAGCAGCACAGCAUUUAGAACUGAUUAGCAGUGGGUCUGCAGCUGAUUAGCUGUGGCUUGAGAGAGGAGCUUCACAUCUUUGGGUUUCAAGGGGGUUUUGUCUAUAAAAUCAGGAAGUUGAUCAGGUAAUCAAUUGAAGGGUGCAUCCAAUUAAAAACAAACCACAAUGAAGCAUGACAACAUCCUUGUGCUGAGGUUACAAUGGAGAAAGCAUGUCACCCCAUGACUGACCAUCCACUGGGCUUAGAAACAGAGAUUUCUGGCCGGCAGAGCCUUGGUAUUUCUUUAUGUCUAGUAGCGCCUCUUAUGCAGAUAUUUUUUUCCAGUUGAUGCCAGAAAGACUUGGUUUCUGAGAAGAAGUCAAGUCCAGCCCUCUCGAUCUGACACUUGGGUGGUAUUGAGAAGGUGAAGGGCAUCACUCUGCCUGUGUUUGCAAGUCUGGGGACCCACAGCUCUGCCCACAGGCAGUGUGCUUGGCCCUGGCUGGUGAAUGUGAAGUCAUGGGGUGCCUGUCCUCGUCCCAGUCUCUACUUCUGUGUAAAUAGGGUUGUUUCCAUCUUCUUCAUGUCACAGACUGUUCAAGUAUCAUGCAAAUUUCUGCGUCUGCUUUGGAUUUAUUUUGA